AUGGAUAUAAAUAAAGCUCUAGAACGAAACCAAUCACCUUCGCCAUCAACAACUUCACCAUCUACACCAUCACCAACUAUUGCUUUAAACGACACUGAAGGAUUCAUAUUAAUAUAUUCGGUUAAUUAUGUAUUCAUUUUGUUGAAUUUAAUUUCGGUUGUAUUCAUACUGGUGCGGAUAUUUUUAAGAUGGCGUAGUAAUAAAAGAAAAUUUUCCAUGGCAUUAAGAGUUCCUCUCUACUUAGGAUUAAUGGAUGUCUUAUUACUGACAAUUGAAUUCAUCAAUAUUAUAUAUCCAACGGUAUAUUUGAAAAUAAUACCUCAACCAUAUUGUAGUCUCAUAGCUGGCUUGAAUAUAGGAAUUAUUUAUUUUACACGAUUUAUGGUUGCUGGUAUUGCAAUUAUAACUUAUUUAAGAGUAUGCCGAAAAGUUUAUUAUAACUAUGGUACAUAUGAUUGGAAGAUAUGGUUAAUAGCAGGAAUUGCAUCAACUUUGUUAACAGCUUCUGGAUAUAAAAGUUAUGGUCCCACCGAAUAUUGGUGCGCGGCAAGAAUAAGUUCAACAUAUGUUCCAAUCUUCUCAUUAAUAUUAUCAAUUAGUGUAAUAGGAACUUGUACUUUUUGUUACUACAAUACCAUAAUGGAAAUAAGAGGUGUCAAAAAAAACACAUCAAAUUUUAGUAAUACAACAAAUAAUUAUUGUAAAAAUAUUCUUAGUAGAACUGAACAAAUUGAGGCAAGAGUGACAAGAAAAGUUGCUGGUUAUAUUUUAGUAUUCAUUCUACAAUGGAUUCCAAGCUUUCCUUACGAAAUUAGUAUAAUUAUGGAUAAAAAAGAAAUUUGGACAUUUAUUUUAGUCGUAGCAUCAAUUAAUCUUGGAGGAAUAGGAAAUGCUAUAUUUUAUGUAUUAAAUGAAGGAUGGACUUCUGAAGGUAGAGAUUCCACAUUGGGUACAGAGUCAUCUGAUAUUCCUAAAUCUUCAAAUAACCGUAAUAAAAAUCAUAAUCUUUCAAAGGCAUCUGAAAAAUCUUCUCAAAAUACGUCCGAAAUCACUAUAGUAAAUGUUGAUGUAACUACUACUACUCAAAUUACGACAAUUAAUAAUGACAAAAAUGUUUAG